AUGACAACUAAAAAUAUUAAUUAGCUGAAACUGAAUGCUCUCACAUAACCUACAUACUAAAAUUUAAGAAUCUCGAGAAAUGCUGCUAAACAAUAAUUAACUUAUAAUGGAUAUAGUCCAAAAUUAAAAGGAAAAAGUCCAAACUGUUCUUAAUCAUAUAUUCCAACCUAAUUAUCCUAAAUAGGGUCACCACCUAAAGAAAAAUUGUCUUCCUUAAUCAAUAUAUCAUCAUCAGAAAGAAUUGCUUAUUCAUUUAAGAUACCAACCUUAAGAAUUAAAUCAAAAUGUUUUCUCAAGAAACAUUCUACAACCCGUUUGGGAAUGAGUUCAUAUGAAAUCAAUCUAUAAACAAAUCUCUAGUCUAUAUUUGUUUUCAAAGGAUCAAUUUAAGAUAUGAGUUAAUUUAAAGUCAUUCAAAUGUAAAGAACAGAAUUACAGACUAAAUAAUAAGAUAUUUAUCAAACAAGAUAAAAUCUAUUAUAAAAGAUGUAGAUAGGAUUAAAUGUUCCUAAAUUUUAUAAUUAAUUAUCUUUGGGCAACUAUGAGAUCAUUUAGUUUACAGAGGAAAUUCCAUUAAAUUGCAAUACAUUAAUAUUAAGUAAUACUGUAAAUAAGGACUUUUGGACAGUAAUCUUAAAUUAUCAUAAUUUGUAAUUCACUCUCGAUAAAUUUGUUAAACUUUUGACAAUUGUAAGUAAUAUCAAUGAUAUCAAUGAUCUUUAAAAAUUUAUAUUUGAUAAAGACAUAUUUUAUACUUAUAUGGAAAUUAAAGAGUUAGUUCCUGAUGAAACUCUAUUAACAAUGAAACGAAAUAGUGAGGCCAUGAAAGAAUAUUAUAAGAGUAUUCAUGUUUAUGACCAUCAAAAAUAAAAAUUAAUUGAUGAACCUGAACAUUAAUUAUAUUCAGAAAGAAUCAUUAAUUAAUCAGAAAUAGAAAAAGAGACUAUAAGAGAUUUUACUAUUGCUACUACAUAUCCAAAACCUUCUGAAUUUUAAUAAAUUUUAGAAAAAGAGGGAUAUUACAAUCCCAGUAAAAAGAGAACCUCUAGUAGAUGUAAGUAAUUAAUACUUUAUUAGAUCUUAAAUUACCAAAUUUUAAAACUUAAUAUAGUGAGAUAUUAAAAUAAUAAUCCAUCAAAUAAAAGAAUCAGUAUAAUUAUUUAUUGAUAACAGAAAUUAGUACACUAACAUCCCAGAUCAUAUUGCUAGAAAGCUUCCUCAUAUGACCAAUUAUAAUCUUCCUUUAUUAAUGUAAGAAACAGGAUUUGAUAGAUAAGAAAUUUAUGAGGUUUAUAGUAGGUAUAAAGCAUUGCUUAGUUAUGAAUGCUCUUAAAUACCAGGAUUAACUAAAUAAAGUAAUUUUAUUAUUUUUUAUGAAGUGAUACCAAAUGGAAUUUCAAGGGAAGCUUUUAAUGCUGGUUUAGAAGAAUUAUCAAUGGCACCUCCUGGAGUUGUUGAUCAGAUAUUUAAGUUUUUUGCUAAAUAAAAUACCUUGACUUUUGAAGGGUUUUUAAAAGCUAUUAAUUUAAUCAAGGCAAAAAGAAAUGACAAUAAAAUAGAAUUGAUAUUAAAAGUAUUAUAAUGUUAAAAUAUUAUAGUUAAUAGAUGAAAAUGAAAAUGGAUCUUUGUCUUAUGAUGAAAUUAAAAAAAGAUGCAUAUUUAUGAUGGAAGAAAUGUUAAAAGAUUCUACAGGAGAGUUAAGUGUACCAAAUAUGGUUGAAUAUGUUACAAGAUCAAUUUUUGAUGUGAUAUUUUAAAUGUAAUUAUAUAGGCAGUAAAGAUGAAUUAUGAUUAAGAAAUUCCGAUUGAGAGGAUACGAAAACUGAUAGAAAGUAAAACUCAUGAAGCUUAGGUGUUAAUUAUGAUGUGUUGUGGAGAUGUCGAUUAUUUAAAAUGA